UGAACAGGCUCCAUCCUUGAAGCUCAAUCUUCAGGAUCAACCGAGGCACACCGGACGAGAUGCUGACCAUCCAGGCAAUCAGCAUGGUUGCGUUUCUCGCCAUUCUACCAACUGGUGUCUUGUGUCAUCCCGCCCUGAGGAUUCGUGACGUGGAAAGAGCUGGAUGUCGUCCUUGUGGGGAUGAAUGCGAGGCUUGUGAAUACGGAGUGGCUUACUCACCGUUUUGCGGAGUUCUCGAGUGUCGAAAAGGCCCAGAUGAGCAUUGUGGUGCCCGAGGCACCUGCGGCGACGGAAUGUACUGCUUGUGCGAGAGAUGCUUCGGCUGCAGCACCGAUAAUCUCAAAUGCUCGGAUUUAACGCCAACGUGCCUCCCCCGGGAAACUCGCUACCGAAAUCUCCAGAGAAGUCGUCAAUUCACAAUGGUUUAAUCUAAUGACAAUCAUCAACGGGGAAAAACGACUAGCGAACAUCCCAGGGAAGGAAGACGAUCUCAAAUAGCUUCUUUGUGAUUUAAAAGAUACUUCAGCCAUUCCCAGGCCCUAGGAGACCGUAUUAUAUAUUCAGUAUUCCGAGGACAUGCUAAAACGUCUUCGCUGAUUCUUCAAGUCCAUUAACUUGUUAAUUUUUAUACGUUUAUGUCAAAAUUUUCAAUGUCUAGAGCGAUUAUUUAUUUAUUUUUCUACUUUCUAAUUAUGUAUUUGAUGUUUUUAUGUCGCAAGGAUCGUCUUGAUGUCGACGGUUGAAAAUGUGAGGAAUA